UUUCCGUUUGGACGCCCAAGCUCAAAACAAAACCCUAGUUGCCUCCCUACUCCCAAGUUUCAAGCUAUUGGACGCAAUCGGCGUUCUCUGAUUUCAGGUGUGUUGAACUACCCGUCAGCCCAGCCUGCAGCACGAGUUCCAGUCCAAACACUUUAGCAUUUCAUUCCUCUCUUCGUUAUCAUGUGCUGCAAUCUGGCGCACAUAACCAAGAAUGCAUAGCUGGAAUCUCUACGUUCCUCUCUCACGUGUUCCCACCUUCUCCAGAUGGCUAUCAGUUCGUCACGCCUGCACCAAAUUAUUUGUUGGAGGUCUUUGCUAUGAUACUAAUGAAGCUAUUCUAAAGGAUGCUUUUGGACAGCAUGGUGAAAUAGUUGAAGUUAAAGUGAUAUGUGAUCAUGUGAGUGGCAAGUCGAAGGGGUUUGGGUUUGUGAAGUUCACUAGUGAAAGUGCAGCCUCCACAGCUUUAAAAGAAAUGGAUGGUCAGUUGUUGGAUGGAAGAAACAUUCGGGUACAUUAUGCGCACAAGGGGUAGCAGCGGCCAUCCAUUUUGGACACGGAUGGAUGGCAGCGCUGCGUACCUUAGCGGCACCCAACCUUGGACACAAAGUUGAGCCCAGCGGACAGGAUUAAUGCUAACCAAAAGAGCAGCAGCCGAACAAACUUCCAACUUUUGGAACAAGGCAGACUUAAGUAAUGCGACCAACGUGAAACCAUAGAUAGCCGAUCUCAUUCUAGCUGCUUUGCCAAAGGAUCUUUAUUAAUCAAACGUGUGUGACAUGAAUUUGGAAGAUCAUGAUUCAUAUGGUUGACGUCUCCUGCCUGAAACCCUUGUGGGAAGUGGACUUGAUGUAUGUUAUGAUUUAUAAUGUUCUACAUCGCUUGGAUAACCCAAGUGAUGUGGGUUUAUAAGGAAAAGUUUAUACC